ACCGAGAAAGCUGGGGGAACCCACGCGUUCAGCCUCAGAGAAAGUACGCUUUUCCAAAAUAACUGACGGCGAAUAUUUUUUUUCUUUUCACAUUUGUCAUUAACAGGCAGACACUCUGUAGGAUUGUGUUCUCGGAGAACAAGCUUUUUUUUCCUGCCCUUUUUCUUUUUUUUUCUUUUUUUUUGUCACCAUUCUGCACGGCAGGCUGAGAGACGGACCGCUCGGACUGUGGGAGCCCUCCCCUCUGCUCGGAUCUGCUUUGUUUCCAGGUGGCCCAUGGAAGAACGUGGAUGAGGGCUGAGCUGUAGAGCGGGCAGAAGGCUCCGGGGCCUGCCUGUUGUCGGCUGGCUGAUUGGUCCAUUGAGGUGAGGAUCCUCUCUCACCGGGGCGCAGAACGGGCCGAGAAAAGGUCUUUGCCCCCCCUCCUCGCUUACCCCUGCCCCCUUUCCACCCUCACCCCCAACCCAGGCACCUACGCUCUGGACCAUGUCUAGCGGGCUGUCGGAGGGGGGCCGGACAGAGGACCAGGAGCAGAGUAGCUGCAAACAGGACUCUCCUGUUAUAGAGCGCAGGAACCGCAGCGGCAUCAUCAGUGAGCCCCUCAGUAAGAGCCUUAAGAACUCCCGUACCCUGUCCCAGUAUACGGCGGUCUCCCCUGCCACCACCAAUGGACACACGAACAACAGUGAGACUAAGAGCCACUCGGCCAAGCCUCAGCCACCCCCGCAGCCCCAGCCCACUGUCUCAGCACUGACAGCAGCCAAGUUGGACCGGACCCUAGAACAGGUUCUGGAGGGACAGAAUGGCCUGCUGCACUUUGCCCAGGCAGCAGCACUGUUAAAGCGGGCCGGUAUGGAGCACAUGCUCCUGCCUGGGGGCAUGGGAGUUGGAGUUGGCGGUGGAGACGCAGGCUCGGGGGCUAGCGACUUGGAGGGUACGUCUGUCACGGACGCCGUAGGUGGUCCUGUUGACUUCCCAUAUGGAGUAGGGGGUGGUUUCCCCUUCAACCCGGGGCUUUUCAUCAUGACGCCGGCUGGAGUGUUUCUGGCGGACAGCGCGCUACACAUGGCCGGCCUGGCAGAGUACCCGGCGCAAAGCGAGCUGGCCUCUGCUAUCAACUCCGGUAAAAAGAAGCGAAAACGUUGCGGCAUGUGCCCACCUUGCCGACGGCGGAUUAACUGCGAGCAGUGCAGCAGUUGCAGGAAUCGCAAAACAGGCCACCAGAUCUGCAAGUUUCGCAAAUGUGAGGAACUGAAGAAGAAGCCCUCUGCUGCUCUGGAGAAGGUGAUGCUUCCUACAGGAGCGGCGUUCCGGUGGUUCCAGUAGGACUCCUCCUCCACUCCCUACCCAAAGCUCUGCCAUCAAGUGCAAUGCCAACUCCUGGAUUGUCUCCGGAACAGACACUGGCUAACAAACAAACAAGCAACAGAUAAAAAUUAUAGAAAAAAAAAAACAAACGACAAAAAACAAAACAGAACAACGGCAACAAAAAAAUCAAUCGGGUAAUGGAUGCACCUACUUAUUCCUUGAACCAAAAAUGAAGCGUAAAGAAAAGCAUCUAUGGCAAUUUUCAUUCCCUUUUCUAUGUUUCCAUUUUGGUACCUUUUGUCCUUUUUCCAGCAGGUUUUUUUCUGUCGCUUAAACAUGGAACUGUUCAUUGCCAGAAACAGAAAUGACGGACUGAGUGUGGACAAUCAACUAAUUUCUGUGUUUGGUGUUAAUGUUGUUCAUGUGUGGAAAGAUACAGUACUUGUGUAGAGAAUGUAAAUUUACAGCUAUAUUUCAAAACUAGUGGCUAAUGGCAAACAUUAUUGUAAUUCUUCACCAUCAUGUUACUUAAAACCCUUGUCUAUUUUAUGAUUCAUUUCGUCGGAGGGGAUAGUCUUCAGACAGAUCGGUGGUCGUCUUUGAAAGGCAGCGCUUCAAGUUGCGGACACGCUGCGGAUCUAAACGAAACAGAAAAAGUCACGUUAUUGGGCAGAUAUCCAGAGACUCUUCACUGGGUUGAAGAUGCUGUUCGCCAGAGCCGUCACUACUGUAAUCUCCUCAAUCAGUCCUCCUCUGCAUUUCCAAACUUUUCCUUUAGUGAAACUGGCAGCCUUAUGUUACUGUGGCCCUACUGAGCAUGUGCCAAUACUGCUCAGGGCGAUAGCAUUAAGAGACAGCACUUGCUCUGAGUCUACCCUACUGAACGCACUGAGACAAGAUGACAUUUUUUUUUAAAUUUGUUUGUUAAUUUGUUAUAUUUUCAUGAUUUUGUUAUGUUGCUGGGUAGCUACAGCUUUUAAAAAUAACCAAUCUUUGUAUCCGUUUAGAAAAUUGGACUGGUUUUGUGAAUAAAAAGGAAUGCAUGUAUUCGUGUCAAAAUUUACAAUUCUGAUGUUUGUCUAUUUGCAUGUUUUUUUUUAAAAAAAAACAAACAGCUGGUUUGACGAAAACAAAAACUUUAACUAUAAAUGUUCCAUGACUUGAAAUAAUGUUCCCUUUUCUUUAAUAAUUGGAUGGUGUAGGGAAAUUCAGAACGAUUCUAAUGCAAGCAGAACUUAGCAGAAGUAAAUCAGGCGGUGGUA